UCUCAAUUCAAUUCCAUCCGAAAGGGGUCCGUCUCUCUUCCCAGAAGCUUGGCGAGAUAGCGGAAAUGCCUCCACCGGCCCCAAUCUCGCUCUGCAAAUCCCUCCUCGGACGGAGCUUGCGAAGACCGCCGCCGCCGAGACCCCAUUCCUCCUCCCCAUCUUCCUUCUCUUCGCUCUCGCCGUCCCGCCAUCCGCUCAACCCUCGCCCUCAACGCCCCCGUGACCCCGCCCCGUUCCGGCGCUCGCCGGUUUCCGAUGCCGGACCGGCGCGGAGGUGGCUCGGCACCGAGCCGGGCGCCGGCCCGGUGGCGCCGCCGCCGCCGCCGGAGGAGUACGACGCGGAGGUGGACGCGAUAAACCUGAAGUUCGCGGAGGCGAGGGAGGAGAUCGACAUGGCCAUGGAGUCGAAGGAGACGGUGUACUUCGACGAGGAGGCCGAGUGCGCUCGGGCCGCGGUGAAGGAGGUCGUCGACCGGUUCGAGGGGCUGCUGCGGAGGCUCCCGGAGGCCGAGAAGGCGGCGCUGCGGCGGUCCAUGGGUCUCAAGAUGGAGCAGCUCAAGGCCGAGCUCGAGCAGCUCAACGACUGAACUUCGGAUCCUCUGGCCGGCUCCGAGUUCCUCAUUUGGGCAUGGACAAAUUACACGAACCUGAAGUCGCUUUGUACUAUCAUAGCUCGGUUGCUGGUAAGCCUUUUGGAUUUGGUAACAUUUCGGCUUUGAAUCAAACCCUCGGAUUUGUUCCCUUGAAUGGGUCGGGGAUAAAGAACCAUCUAACAAGGUCUUUGAUGUUGAAGACCUGUGUACUCUGAACUCUUUCCUGUGUUUUAAAGUUUACCUGUCCUAUUCAGCGGACUGUUCUCAUGCUCUUUGAUAAGUAGGGAUGAACCGAACUUCACUGCUGGUCUUAAUAAGGAUUUGACCCCAAUUAAUUCCUUUCAAAGUUUUUUGUGGAUCGGCAGUGAAUCUGUAUCAUCUGGUCAAGAUAAUGAUAAUGUUGAGUAGAAGGCA